GACUGGGCGUGCCUUCGCCUUGGCCAGCUGAUGACACUGGGCAAGUUCAAUUCGAAGAUCUUGCCCUUUGUGUUCUCAUGGCCCACAGGCACCAUCGCUUCCUUUUUCCACGUGCGUCGACACCUUGACCAGUUUGCUCCCGACCUUGCAGAAUUCCUGCACAGGUUGCACGAAGCCGGCAUCCAGGAGUGG